AUGUCGAAACGCGUCAAGGAUAAAACCGAAAGCGGUAGCCAAAGCUCCAACAGUCAACCUGUUCGUCAACAGACUCACCAGCCUGACGGCGCUUUUCCAACAACUUCCCAUCCUCCGACAAUCCCCAUGUUUGCAGUUCCGCCUCAACACUUCUACCCUCAAUACCCUGCUUCUAUUUCACAGAUACCCAUGAUGCCCUUUCCUCUGGGGGUCGGCCUCUCUGGAGGCCUUCAUUUUCCCCAGCACUCGGCCACUUCGGGAACCGCUAUACGUACCUCGCAAACAAACGCUUUCAAAUCCUCUCAGGGGAAUGCGGAAGGUGACGCAGAAGAGAAUGAGCUGUCUGAGGCAAAGACAACUGCUGCUGAAAAAACGGCCGAGAAGGUGACAGCCGAUCAGUUUGACCACAUGAAGCCGUUUAUGAUCAAUGGCCAGGUCAUGUACCCUUUUCCAGCAGCUGCCUUUCCUCAGCCUGUUUCUUCAAGCUCCCAAUCUCAAUACAUGCCACCCGGAUUCAUUGGCCAUUCCGGGUUUCCUAUUGCCGCCUUUCCGAAUGCAAUGAUCAAUCCCUCCAUGAGCCACAUGUUUCCCGCUACUAUGAGCUACCACGCGUUCCAGGGACCUACACAUCUGCCACCGUCAACGAUGAACUUGACCGGCGCACCACAGAGAGUUGAUGCUACAUCGCGGGUGCCAUCAUCUGGAAGCAUACGCCCUCCGUCGGCUCCCCCUAUCUCGUCGAUCCGCCCGAGCGACAUCAGCAGAAAACAGAUUGAUUUACUCCGUAACUCAUUGAAGUAUCAUGAAGACCAGCUCCACUACAACAAGCACCAGAUCGACGAGAAGGAAAUGGAGAGGACGAUCGACAUGCUCCAGUCUCAGAUUGAUAAAUUUGAAAGCCUUAACAAAAGCCAGCUUUUGUUCGAGGAACUUCACUAUCCCAGGAAAGACAGCAGGACUGACGAAGCGUCACGUCAAGCCUCUCAAAGCUCAGACAAGACAUACAAUACUGGGGCCAGUUCGAGGCAAGUGUCCAGUAGUACCAGGAGAUCUGACAGUGGUAGCCAGCAGCCUCCAAAUUUAUCCAGGAGGAGAAACGAGGCGUGCUUCAGUUUCGACCCAGUCGAACACCCUGUUCAGUUUGCAGAUCCUAUCAAAAAAUCUACGCUCCCUACUGGUGCAGCUCUUGCUCCGCCUUUUGAGCCGCGAACUGCCAUGUCCAGUGGAAGAGACUGCGUUAUGAAUGCGCGAAAUCUUGGUAGCAAUGGCCCUCAAUACAUCUAUCAACAAGAUAGCCCAACAGUUAAUUCUCGAACUGCAGAGUGCCGCACGAGCGCUGACCAGAAUAAUUAUUCCUCCUCUCUUCCAGCAGAGAAGCAGACCAAGCUGGGGAGACCCUACCUCGUCGGUAUGCUUCCAGCAGGCAUGGAUGUUCGGAGCGCACGAGGCAGCGAUUUUGUUUACGAGAGGGAACUAAAUGAUGAUGAAACUCGAGCUCGCUACCUCUACUGGGGCAAGGCACCGCAGUUCAUUCGCGAGGGGCUUCCAAAAUUUGAUGGAAAGGACUUCUACCCUCCGGCUACAACGCGAGAUAUACCCGACGACGAUGGUGUAUGCAGCGUUCCAGGUCGAAGCAUUCCCAUUGGAGUCCCUGAGGUUGACUAUGGCUUCGAGGCCUUUCCAAAGAACCCCGAGUCCCACCAUCUAUUGACACCCGGCUUUGUGGUGAGAUCGCGGAAGGGUGUCAAGGUGACUUUGAAACGCCCCAAGGAGGAAAAUACGGACAGAUCUCUACGGCAAGACGGCUGCUCAAAGACGGUCGGCGCCAACCAUUGUGCUUCAGAUAGCAAGAACGUGGAUGGUCAAGCAAAGUAA